AUGGCAAAACCGGCCUCGGUCUUGAUCUUCUUCACCACAUAUCUUUGUAUCGUUAUAGCAAUAGGAGCCAAAAAUUGUAUGUGGUCAAACGGACGUGGUUGGAUCAUCAACGUUGUCAACGAGAUCAACGGCCCCAACAAGAUUCAGGUUCAUUGCAAAUCAAAAGACAACGAUAUCGGUAUGAAAACCCUCGGAUAUCACGAAACCAUCGACUGGAAGUUUUGUGAGAACAUUAUUGCCCCUAGUACUCUCUUUUUUUGCCAUUUUUAUAAUGGUAAUAAAGAACAAGUUUUUGACGUUUUUAAUGAUACUCUCGGGGCCUUUUGCGAUGAGAAGGACCGUAAAAAGACGUAUUACAGGUGCACUUGGAUGGCUAAGCUGGAGGGAUUUUACAUUAAAGAUAGGAGGGCUGGUCCUGGUAAACUGGAGACUGGUCUUAAAUUGCAUGACUGGAAGGUUGGUCGGGUCUAG